GAUAGAACUACCGCAUUUUUUUGCCCGCGCUAUUGAUGAAAUGUAAAGAUCGUAAAUUAAUACUGAUUUACGAAAGCCACCAAAACCCCCACGCUUUCCCGAUAUCGAUAACGACAGCGGUUGAGAUGUACUAGUUCCUUUUCUCCCGCCAGUAUCCGUCUGUGCGUGUCGGUCUGAAGUCGAAUUUCCCAAAUCCUAUGCCUCGGUUUUGUGAAGCCUUUUUGGUUUUGCGUUUUUGGUUUGACAGUUCAGCACAACACGAACAUUUCGCGCGCUCCGAAAAAUACAAAUUGCGGCUGAAACUUCCUCGUUUCCAUCAUAAUCUUCUCGGUGUGAAAAAAUUGAAAAACGAGAAACAGUCGGAAAAUGGAUGAAACGUAUUUUGGUAUUAUGCAAAAUCAAUGCUGAAGUAGAGGUAGAAGCUCUUCGACCAUUCCUAGAGCCAUCGUCGUAUCAUGAAAAAAUUGUCAACGAUCAAAGUGGAGCUAGCGGUUGGAAAGUAAGCACUUCUUUUCAACAUCAAAUUCAAACAUGACGAAGUACAAUGUGUGAUGAAGUUCAAAAUGUAUAAGUAUGCACUACCAUCAGUAAGCAUUUUUGCCACCGUCCUCCAGGAACACCAUACGCAACAGCAACUUCUCGCUCUCCAUAACAUUUUUUUGUUCGGAGUACUUUGUAUUGUUGGCAAUGUUUUUCACACUUUAAGGGACAUCAACGUAACUUUUUUCAUUUUGCAUAUCGUCUUCUAUAAAACAUUCCUCAGAAUCACACAACCAUGGUGAACAAUUCCCUUUACCAAAACGCGCGGUCCCAGCAAAUCCGCCGAACCGCCGCAGGAGAAAAUAAAUCUACGCGAUUGAAAAAGGACGACACUUUCAUGCCCGGCAGCGCUGACACGACAACACCAGUCGAAGACAAAAAGCCCGAGGAAGGAUGGUGGGCCUACAUGUUCGGCGGAGCGACAGCGGAAACUGACGGAGCAGAGAAGAACAAGAGAAAAGAGAUUCCCUACGAGGAGCUAACUCUGGAUGAGAAGAACCGAAAACACUGCCGCUCCGUCUGUUGCCUCCUCCUUUGCCCCUUGAUAACGCUCGGGCUCGGGCUGUUUGUUGUGCUGGGGAUUGCAGCGGUGAAUGGUUGGGGAAAAUCCAGGAGCGAUUUCAUCGACAACAGCGACCCGGGGAACCCUAAGCCUAAAUAUCCACCAAGACUAAGUAAAGCUCCUGCUACAACACCAGGUGGUGCCCCGUCCUCCGUAGCGGACGAUUUGAUGGAGUAAAUUGAAUAAACUGGGGGGCAGCUGCCAAUGCCAUGCCAAAAAUGCUUGAUAAAAACAAGCGCAAAUUCGGAUGAUCUAUCCAGUGCGUCUUUCGUUCUUUUAGUUUUCGUUGCAGAUGCGGAGCUGCAUUUGACGAGCGCUGGCUUAGCUUGUUCACAGUAGUAGCAUUUUAGCAGCGCCACGACCAAAAAUGCUGGGAGUCUAGCAACAGGGCAAUCGCAUGGGCUGCAUGUGCUGUGUAGUUCGUGUGCUGUUGAUGUUGUCCACAACAGAAGUAGAGUGCGCAUCUUCUACUUGAUCUAGUUCACCUGUUGGUGAGAUCAUCUCUUCCAGCAGAAGUGACUCAUCCAUGCCCAGCCCGGUCUCGCACGGGCACAAGAACUACAGCUACUUCUUCUACCGGCUAGUACAACAACAAAUCAGCAGUCAACGACCGCAGCAAGCCUUUGAUAUAGCUGCCCACAGGAACUUUUUCCACACAGGAGGACAAUCCGCUCCAAUAAAGAUGAACUCCAGAAGAUUCUUCAAUCAUUCUAACCGCCUAGUAGUAACAAGCACACCUCGCCCCCCUGCCUGUGUAGUUGGAGCAGAAGCUUUUGGUUGUCUUUCCAUACUGGAGCACCAGCUGGUACCAACUCUACCAACGGCACGGCUUCCGGGGGAGGUUGCUGUGGCGGCGGAGGUGCGGAAGUAACGACGACGACUAGUACAACGAGUGCGGCCGCAGCUUCAACGUCAACUUCUACGACGACGACAACAACAUCAACCGCAGCAACGACAACCACGACGACCACAACGACGACGGCAUAAUCUUCACUGUCAGCAGUACUAGAAAAGAAGUAGUUCGUAUCGACGGGCUGUCGGAGUAGAAGAAGAAAGCAGCUUCGCCAUGGUUACAACGAGUAUGCGUAUGGUCACGACCUCCACGCCUUGUUGUGAUACAGCGCCACGUAGAUGAACGCGAUUUUUAGAGUCGACUUUCAAAUAGACUGAGGUGUGACAAAGAGCAGCCCCGGUGGCUUCUAAGUACUAGAGUUCUUCACUUCAUAUGCCGAUAGCGUCUUUCAAAUGACCUUUUUACUAGUAGCGACACUCUCGUCCGAGGAACACAAGAAGAUGCACGCCAUGGAUUAAAAAUCACGCGCCUGUUAUGGGUGCUGUUGCUGGGAACUACCAGGCACAGACAGCACAUCAUGUUUUACACAUGAACAUUUCCACCGCACGAUUUUGGUAAAGAAAAAGCGUCUGGUACGCAUACGCAGAUAUAUUUGGACGCACAAAAAUUUCAGUCCGUUGCUCGUCUUCCUUUAGAGAAGUGAUGUCGGUACUGACAGAAGGCUUCACACCGUGUCGGAGUCGGUUUCUGAUGUUUUACUAUCUACAGCUGGUAGCUGCAUUUUUGCAUUUGCUGAACUGCCGUUUUCAG